AUGUCACAAUUAAUCAAAGAAAUCAGUCAAAAAAGAUCAGUCGGCUCAGUUUUCACUGGAGGCUUCGUUAAAUGGAGUGCAAAUGGGCAAAGAUUAUUUUCAACAUGCUCUAAUAUUGUGAAAGUUAUCGAUUUGGAAAAUAACGAUGCUAGUUAUACAAUUGGUGAUCCAGAAGAUGAAUUGCGAAUCACAUGUAUCGCAUUGGAUAAAAAUCGAAAUCGUUUGCUAAUUGCUUAUAACAAUCAUGUAAUUCGUGAAUAUACAAUUCCAUUGGAAGAUGGAGAAGAACCACAAUUGGCAAAAACCUGGAAAACUAUGCAUACCGCUCCAAUUUUAGUGAUGGAAUUCAGCGAAAAUGGUGUGAUUUUAGCAACCGGCUCAGCUGAUCAUAUUACAAAAGUUUGGAAUUUGGAAAAACAACAAUGCACUCAUACUUUGAAAGGUCCAUCUGUUGUUUCUUCAAUUGUAUUCGGAAAACACGAUAAACUUGUUGUUGGAUAUAUUGAAGGACAACUUCAUUUGUAUGACAUAACUUUGGGUGCGGAGAAAAAGUUUAUAAAUGAAUGGAAAACGCAUAGUAGUAAUAUCACUGCACUUUUACGCAUCGAAGACACUCGUUUGGUUGUUGCAUUGUCAAGAGAUCAAACAAUGUCAAUUCAUGAGACUGAAACGCAAGAAACUAUCAAAGUUUUGCCACUUUUCGAAUCUAUUGAAUCUGCGGCAAUCGGUCAUAAUGGAAACCUUUUUACCGUUGGAGAAGAGGGAAUUUUGAAAGAGUUCAAGAUUGAGACAGCAAAGCUUUUGAAACAACAAAAGAUUUCUGGGUGAGUUAGAAAUUUAUAUAUGGAAAACUAUCUAAUAUAUUCAUUUUUUAGGACUCGCCUCGAUCAAAUCAGCUACGACCCAAUAACAAAUCGUUUUCUAUCCGUGUCCGCUGAAACCAAUAUUUACAUCAUCGAUUUUGAAGACUUGAAAAUCUCUCGACAAUUGGUUGGAUCACACGAUGAAAUCUAUUCCUGUUGUAUUUUCGGCAAAAACGAAUCUCACAUUGCCGUCGCCUCAAAUACCAACGAAAUUCGAAUCUAUGAUUCUCAAACUCUCGAUUGUCAAUUAGUCUUCGGACACACCGAAAGUGUUCUAGGAGUUGUUUCACCAUCUUGGGACACAAGUUUAUUAGCCUCUUGCUCUAAAGAUAAUUCAAUAAUUUUCUGGCGGCUUUCUGAGGAGAACGAAGAUUCCAAGACCACAACAAAACCAUACCUUUUCCCGAUUUCUGUUGCAACUGGACAUGCAAAUUCAGUCACAUCUUUAUCAUUUUCAAAUACAACUAGAGCUCCAUAUAUUACAUCAGUUUCAAGUGAUAGUAUGAUUAAAUUGUGGAGUUUGAGGGAUUUGAUUAAACUGCAAAGGGAAGUGAAAAUUGAGGAAGAUAGCCAGCAGAAUAUUUUUGAUUUAUUGUAAGUUCAAUAUUUCUUAAAAUUAUUUACUCAAACAAAUAUUUCCAGACCAAAAGUUCCAUGCAGCUCCACAUUAGUUGCUCAUGCUAAAGAUGUGAAUUGUGUCGAUGUGGCUGAUUCGGACAACGUCGUGGCGACUGGUGGAAUGGAUAAAUUGGUCAAAUUAUGGCAAGUUGAUACAACGAAAAUGCAAUUGGGAAUUGGCGGAACUUUGAGUGGACAUAGAAGAGGUGUUGGUGAUGUGAGAUUUGCCAAAAAUGCACAUGUAAGAAUUUUUAAUGCUGAAAAAGAUCCUGUUUUCAGUUUUUGCUGCGGGACUUUCUGAAGAGCACAAAAAUGAGCCAAAAUCCGAGAAUUUUCUGCAAAUCGUGGUUUUUAGAGCCUGUAACUCACGUUGGAGAAAAUUUUAUAAAAAACUGAAUACAUGGCAAUGUUCAGGAAGUUCGAUUUACCAAAGUCAAAUUUUUUUUGCUAGAAAUAUUUUUUUUCAAAAAAAAUUGUGGCUCAGAAAAUUUUUGUUAAAACUAAAACUAACUAGCAAAAAAGUUAGUUUUCAGAAAAUUUUCCGAAUUCUCUAGCCAAAAAAAUUUGACUUUGGUAAAUCGAACCUUCUGAACAUUUCCCUGUAGUCAGUUUUUGAUAAAAUCUUUUCUAACAUGAGUUACGAGCUCUCAAAAACGUGAUUUUCAGAAAAUUCUCGAUUUUUGGGCUCUUCAGAAGGUCCUGUAGCAAAAACUGUAAAGAAACAUUAGAAAAUUUAGUUUAUUAAUGUUUUUUCUCUUCAGAAAUUGGCGUCUUGCAGUGGUGAUAUGACAAUUAAAAUUUGGAAUAUUUCGGAUAAAACUUGCCAACAAACUUUGACUGGUCAUACUUGUGCAGUUUUCCGAAUCCUAUUUAUUAGCUCUGAUAAUCAAUUGAUCUCUGCCGAUAGUUCGGGAAUUAUCAAAAUCUGGACUGUCAAAAAUAGUGAAUGUGAAACCACAGUCGACGGACAUACGGAUAAAAUUUGGUCGCUGACUGCGAAGGCUGAGGAGAGUGAAUUUGUGACCGCUGGAAGUGAUGGCAAAAUUGUUGUCUGGAAAAAUGUGACGGAAGAAAAAGAGAUGGCGGAACUCGAGAAACGAAGAGAGAAAUUAGAACAGGAACAGACGCUGACGAAUUUGUUGGAACAGCAAAGAUUUGAUGAGGCACUGGAAUUUGCGUUGGGAUUGGUUAGACCGUUUUGCGCGUAUAAGGUGAGAGUUUUGGGGAAUUUGGGCUGGAAAUUGAGAAGAUUCAUGGGAAAUUCGGUUUUCCAGUUUUUUUUAGAACGAACGUGAAAUUUGAGACCUAAAAUUGAUUUUUGGAUGAUAAAUCUGAAAUUGACCAAAAAUUAGGUGAUUUUUUGAUCUGAAAUCGUGAUUUUCCAAAAAAAUUUGGGAAUUUUUAAUGACCUGAAAUCUGACCUGAAAUUGGAAUUUCCACUUUCAAUUAAUUCUUAGAUCUGAAAUUGACCUAAAAUUUGGGGUUUUCAUGGUUUUUCGACCUGAAAUUGAAACUUUAGACUCAAAAAUAAUUUUCGCAUGAAAAUUGACCAAAACUUAAGAUUGUUUCACUUGGAAGUUGUGAUUUUUGAAAAAAUUUGCAAUUUUUGUGCUAAUUUUGACCUGAAAGGAAAAAUGUGAAAUUUUUCACCUAAUUUCAAUUUUUGGAUGAAAAAUCUGAAAUUGGGACCUGAAAUCAACCGAAUUUCAUGAUUUUUAUUCAAAAUUUUGAAUAAUUUCAGAAAUUUGACAUUGAUUUCAACAAAAAUAUAAUGUUUUCAGCUAUUUUUUCUAGAAUUUCAGCCUCAAAAAUUUGAAAUCUGAAAAAAAAACUAAUUUUCUCUCAGGUUAUCACAACUCUCAUCGACCACGGCCAACUCGCUUCAGCCCUCCCAAAACUCGAUUCGCGCAAAAUCCAAAUUCUUCUCGAUUUCACAACUCAAUGGAACACAAACAGUCGAACAUCGCAAGUUGCACAACGUGUUCUCUUCGAACUUUUCAUGAUAAUCCCUCCGGAAGAGUUUCUCGAAAUGCCGAAUUCAAGAAAUCUCAUUGAAAGUUUUCUGCCGUAUACAAACCGACAUUUGGAUAGAUUGGAUCGCGCAAGACAAGAUGCGAGUUUGUUGGAAUUUAUUUGGAAACAAAUGAGGAUUGCUUGA